CAGGCCGGCAGUUCCCUGUCAAUUACAGCCGGUGAAGGGAAUGACCUCUGGCAUCCAGGCGGCUGGCUGGAGCAUCUGUGUCUCAGAGCUGAAGGGGGGGGGGGCGGAGAGAGAGAAGAGAGAAUGCCGAGGAAAAAGGAAGGGAAGGCAAUCUGGAACCCAUAAGCUCCCUUGAUGUUUGCAUUAUUGUGCACGGUUGUAUUGGUCUGCACACAGUCCCUCCCCUCAAACUCCCUACCCUAUCCGUAAAGGGCUUUAAGAGACUUUUAGCAAUGUCCCUCCUCUCUUUAAGCCCUAAAGGAGGGGGGAAAGGAAGGUGAAUAAGCAGAUCACUGAAGGUUGGAGCAACAAAAAAAAUCAUUUGAAGCCUUCCAAAUAUCAGCUCUUUGGGGAUCCCCGUCCUGGAGUUUGCUCAACCUGAUUGGCUUUACAUGCACUGUGGCCUGCUAGGUCCAGCUCCUCAUCCUGGGCACGGAAAGGAAAGGGAGGCCGACUUGGAGAAGAUGAAAGAGGAAAGCAUGUGUCCAGACUCACCGGAGGGCAGCCUGGGAACCAGUGAGGAGGAAAGUGAGAAGAUGCCCAAGAAAAGUCUUCGGAAGAGGAGCCAGCUGGGUAAACCCUUGACUUCAGCCCCGCCAGAGUACAGCAGCAGCCCUUUGCCACAGGGGAAGCGCAGCAAGCGCAGUCCCGUGUCCCAGACUUUUGAGGACAUGCACACGCAGCGGGUGAUCGCCAAUGUGCGGGAGCGUCAGCGCACCCAGUCGCUCAACGACGCCUUCGCUGAGCUGCGCAAGAUCAUCCCCACCCUGCCUUCGGACAAACUCAGCAAGAUCCAGACCCUCAAGCUGGCUGCCCGUUACAUUGACUUCCUCUACCAGGUCCUGCAGAGUGACGAGCUUGACCACAAGAUCUCCAGUUGCAACUACCUGGCCCAUGAGAGGCUCAGCUACGCCUUCUCUGUUUGGAGGAUGGAAGGGGCCUGGUCCAUGUCAGCAUCCCACUGAGGUCCAACAGCAGGCAUUCUCAGGAAGAAAGCUGGCGAGCCCCAUGCUUUUGCCUUUCCCAAGACACACUUAUUCAGAAAGUCAGGGCCUGGACAUUCAUGCUGCUUCAUCGCACUCAAGAUACGAUCGGCCCUGCCAUCUUGGGGUGGGGUGGGGAGACUGGGAAAGGAAAGCCUAAUGUGGAUCCAGGAUUGAGAUGGCAGAUUUUUCAUAUUUGCCUUGGGAUGAACUGGGCACCAGAUGAGGCAGUGGCCUGAAGCUUGGCUCAUAAUAAGUGGAUCUCGACAGGUCUAAUGUAGAACUCUUUGAAGAGCUAAUUUAUUUUUGAAUUUGCAGGUUAAGAAUCCCUUUCUUCUUAUUAGACCCUCUUGCCUGACAUUCACAUUUCCUACAUAUUUGGCAGUAGCCUCCCAUUUUCCCAAUGAUAGUUCUCUUCACAUCGAUGGCUCUCUUCCUUUUUUUUAUGGGACUGUACAGAGACUGCUGCUUUGCCAAAACCAUACUAAUACUCUAAACCAGACAUGUCAAACACAAGGCCCGGGGGCCAGAUGCGGCCCACGAAGUGGUUUCAUGUGGCCCGCGAAGCCAUCCUGGAAACAGUGAGGGAACGGCCCCCACUGCCUUG